AUGAACCUUAAUAUAUCUGAUGAGUACAUCAACUAUGAAUCCAUGACUUCCGAGGAAGACUACUUAAACUUCAACAUCACCGAUGUAUUCUGCAAGAAAAACAACGUCCGGCAGUUUGCGAGACACAUCCUUCCGCCCUUGUACUGGUCGGUGUUCAUCGUUGGCACCCUGGGGAACAGUUUGGUCAUCCUCGUCUACUGGUACUGCUCCCGAAAGAAGACCAUGACCGACAUGUUCUUCUUGAACUUGGCAAUUGCCGACCUUCUCUUUCUCGCCACAUUCCCCUUCUGGGCCGUGGCUGUUGCAGACCAGUGGAAACUGCCGUGUUUCAUGUGCAAGAUGGUCAACAGCAUGUACAAGAUGAACUUCUACAGCUGCAUGCUGCUUAUCAUGUGCAUCAGCGUGGACCGCUACAUCGUCAUCGCCCGGGCCAUGAAAGCCCGGAGCUGGAGGCCCAAGCGGCUUCACCACAGCAAGCUGGUCUGUGUCGUCAUCUGGACGAUUGCAAGCGUGCUCAGCAUCCCAGAAGUGCUGUACAGCCAAGUCAGGGAGGGGCCGGAAGGCACCAUCUGCACUAUGGUUUACCCCAGCAACCGGAGCACCAAGGUGAAGUCCGUGGUCUUGACCUUGAACAUCAUCGUGGGGUUCUUUGUGCCCCUUGUGGUCAUUGCUUGUUGUUACACCAUCAUCAUCCACAUCCUGGUGCAAGGUAAGAAGUCAUGCAAGCACAGGGCCCUGAAGGUGACCGUCACCGUCCUUACCACCUUCGUCCUGUCUCAGCUCCCCUACAACAGCGUCCUGCUGGUGAAGACCAUCGACGCCUUCCUCACGCUCAUCGCCAGCUGCCCCGUUUCCACCAGCAUCGACAUCUGCCUCCAAAUCACUCAAAUGAUCGCCUUCUCCCACAGCUGCCUGAACCCGAUUCUGUAUGUGUUCAUAGGGCAGAGAUUUCGCCGGGACCUCGUGAAAACCCUGAGGAACUUGGGGUGCAUCAGCCAGGCUCAGUGGGUCUCGUUCGUGAGGAGACAGGGGAGCUUGAAGCUGUCAUCUCUGUUGCUUGAGACGACGUCUGGGGCUCUCUCCCUCUGA